CUGAAUGCACAGGAGGAGUCUUUUUUUCUCACUAGAUGUAUGGCACGUCUCAACAGGCAUGGAAAACAUACCUCGCCGCUCCGAGGGACUGAUUCUGCAGGUACGGGACUGAGCAGAGGAUCAGACUGUUAUCACACAGCUAACUCUCCCGUUGCAGACAAUAUUACACAGAUCGGACACCUGUACACCUCCACACACAGAGGCAUCAUGGCAGGAGUACUGAAGGCUGUCCUGUUGCUGUGGGUCCUCCAGGUCUCUGCCCAGGACCCAGAAUACGACCACCUGUUAGUGAGGCCCAGGAACAUCAGUGAUGAAAUGGACGACUGCCCCAUCAAUGUGUACUUCAUCAUGGACACCUCUGAGAGUGUUGCUCUGAGGGAGUUCCCCUGGGGCAGUCUGGUGGAUGAGCUCAAGGAGUUCAUCCAGAUUUUUGUGGAGAGGCUCCAGGCCACCUCCCUCAGGGCCAAGAGGGCCCAGUGGGCCUACGGUGGGCUGCACUUCUCAGACCGUGUGGAAGUCUUCAGCCAGGUGGUCACUGAUGCUGCAGAUUUCCUGGGAAGGGCACAGGCCAUCAGGUACAUUGGUAGGGGAACCUUCAUCGACUGUGCCCUGGGGAACAUGACAGAACAAGUGAGGCUAACGGCCAGUGGAAAGCCCCGGCUCCAGUACGCUGUGGUCCUGACUGACGGCCACAUCACUGGCAGCCCCUGUGGAGGGGUCUCACGGGCCGCCGAGGCUGCCAAGGCAGCGGGCAUCAAGAUCUUUGUAGUGGCCACCAACGAGUACACCAUGGAGAGUGAUCUCAAGCAGAUCGCCAGUUCUCCUGUGGAGCUGUAUAGGAAAGACUACAUGGCGUUCCCAGCUAGCAACCGCCAGGAAGCUGUCAACAGGAUAACUGACACCAUGAUCAAAGAGGCCGAAUUUGAGUGCCAAGCCCCGAUGUGCAUCCAAAUAAAAGGAGCUGACGGGCCAAAAGGAUACAAGGGAAAGAAAGGUGGGAAGGGAACUAAUGGUGCAAUAGGAGAUCCUGGACAGCCUGGGCAACAGGGAGACCUUGGUGUCGAGGGCUCGAUAGGUUUGCAUGGACAGAAGGGUCUUCCAGGCCUCAAAGGAGAGAAGGGAGAUAUUGGUGGAUCUGGUCUGAAGGGUCAAAGGGGAUCUCCUGGGUAUAACGGCAUUGAUGGCGAAAAGGGAAAGACUGGCACCACUGGGACACCUGGAUGUAAAGGAGACGCUGGCAUGUCGGGAGAAGCCGGUCUUGCCGGUGACUUUGGUAUCAAGGGUGACACGGGCAAGUCAGGUGAAAAGGGUGUUGCUGGGCAGAGUGGCAGGCCUGGACCACAGGGUGAUCAUGGAGACAGUGGAGAUAAGGGUGUUGCUGGCUAUGUUGGAAACCCUGGUCUGCCUGGGCAAAAAGGAAACAAGGGUAAAGCUGGACCUGGUGGAAGUCCUGGCGACACUGGAAGCAGAGGAGACAGUGGCAGAGCUGGACGACGGGGCAAGGCUGGCAAGAAAGGAGAUAAGGGAGAACUAGGCCCAGAGGGGGUGAGAGGAGUUCCUGGAGAGAAUGGAGAAGAAGGAGCAGCAGGGGCACCAGGUUUCCCAGGGGUCCGUGGUCCACCUGGUGAGGUUGGAGAGGCGGGACUUCAGGGCUCUCAGGGGGAUGCAGGGGACUUUGGCCCCCGAGGAAACAGUGGAGCAGCAGGAGCUAAGGGAGAUAGAGGAAGUGAUGGAUACAACUACCCAGGACCCAGAGGGAACCAGGGAGGGAGAGGAGACCCUGGUUUACCUGGACUGCAGGGCACCAGAGGUUAUAAUGGAGAGAAAGGAGCCCAGGGAACUACAGGAACAAAAGGAUCAGCAGGGGAGCCAGGGCAAGAGGGUGUUCCUGGGGACAGAGGAGUGAGGGGGUCACCUGGACCACUGGGAGUACCUGGUACUCGUGGGGCCUCUGGUCUAUCGGAGUGUGAAAUCAUGGGAUUUGUCAGAGAAACAUGUGGCUGCUGUGAUUGUGAAAAGGUUUGCCCUCCCCUGGACCUGGUGUUUGUGAUUGACAGCUCUGAAAGUAUUGGAAAAACCAACUUCAGCCUGGCUAAAAACUUUGUCAUCAGUGUAGCAAACAGGCUUGGGAAGAUGGCCAAAAACAUAUCUGACAUCUCAGGGUCUCGUCUGGGUGUGGUUCAGUACAGUCACCAAGGGGCGGUUCAGGCCAUCAGGAUGGACGAUAGGGGCAUCACCUCUGUAACCUCCUUCAACACAAAGGUCAAAGCCAUGGAGUGGAUCGCUGGAGGCACCUGGACUGCCUCUGCCCUGAAGUACACAUACGACCAUCUGAUAGUUCCAGGUCGUAGGGGGAGGACCAAGGUGGUGGCCAUAGUUAUCACAGACGGUCGCUACGAUCCUAAAGACCUGGAUAAUCUUGGAGCCCUGUGUAACGGAGUGGACGUGUAUGCCAUCGCCAUCGGUGAUAUGUUUGACUCUGGGGCAGAGAGGCAGAAUCUGGAGAAGAUUGCCUGUAAUAUGGGCGACCGGGUGAAGACCCUGAGUGUCUACGCUGAACUUACUGCUGAGGAAUUCUUAGAGGAAAUUGAACAAAUCCUCUGCCCAGAACCAGAGAUGAUCUGUCCAGACUUGAAGUGUGCCUCGGAUUUGAGUUUGGCUCCACUGAUCCAGCGCCCCGUAGACAUCCUCUUCUUCAUUGACGGUUCUGAGAGAACAGGGGGCAGAAACUUCAUCAGCAUCCUGCGCUUCAUCGGGAGACUCUCCCAAUCGAUCCCUCUCUCCAAGGAGGUCUCUUCAGGAGCUCGCUUCGCCGUGCUGCAGUUUGGAGGGGAGCAGGACCCAGAGGUUCUUCUGGACUUCUCCAAUAACCACAGAAAGAUUAGCUCCCUGGUCUCUAAUGCAGUCUACCGUGACUUAUCCUCCACUCUGGGCAGCGCUAUUCUCUACGCAACUGAGAACCUCGUCAAUAACCCUGGAGGUCGGUUCAGAGGGGUACGUCCAGACGCAGAGCUCACGUUUGUGUUCAUUACAGACGGAGUGACCUCAGACAAGAACUUUGCUGAGGGUAUUAGAGCCAUGAGAAGGGCCAACGCAGUGGGUGUUGCUAUCACAGUGGGAUCAGAUAUUGACAGGGAGCGGUUGCUGCAACUCACUCUCAGGGACAAAGCUCUUAUCUUUAACCUGAUGAGUUUCAAUGACUUGGCCCUCCCUGGGGUUGUUAAACACAUGGCUCAUUGCCUUGGUUAAACCAGGUUUGAAAUAUAUUCAGGGCCCCAUUUGAUUUAACACGGGGAGUGUAGGCUAACUGAAAGACCUAGAACUGAUUUCAUGUGUCCUUUUAUGUUUCUUUUCGAUAAUUAGUUUUUAUUAGACUACAUAAAAAAAAGAUAUGUUACUGAAAUGUGACCCCAAUAAAGCCUAUUUUUUUUUUCAAAUAAA